AUGCGAAACAGAUGGCCACCAUCCCUAAGAAAGUCUGCUGAUAUAAAAUCAGUUCCGGGUCUGGAAACCGUAGUGGGUCUUCACCAGCUGAAAGGAUUGGGGUUGGCACAAGAGUUGACGGAGGGAAAAUGUUUGAGUAGAAGCUCUGCACAACGAUUUCUAUCUCACUACGAGAAAAGCGGAUCCUUAGUGAUCUUCAAAAUUCGAACUAGGCUUCUCGUGUGCUGUUUCGAGGCACUUUCGGCACAGGGGAGUUGGAAUUUCAAAGCUGUAAAGCAACUUCUCAGCUUGGGAGACCCUUCCAUGUCCGCUGGAAGUCAUCGCAGUUCGGCGCCAGAUUCACCUCUACGCCAAUAUGAAUCAAUAUCGUUGUCGGCUCUAUAUCUCGAGACUGUCACCCCAAGAAACUAUUUACAGCUUCCAGACACCGAUACCCUGGAUGCUGCACAAUGUGUGGAUCUCAUUCGCCUUGGAUAUUCUGUAUGGACGGUGUGUUCUUGUAUAGUGCAUUUAGAACGACGUCGAGGUUUGGCAUGGAAAGAGGGAGAGUUUGAUGGGGUAUCCACUGCAUCGAAACCUGGAAUCAUUUUCAAACCUGUGAAGAUAUCGAGUUGUCAAAUUGAAGCAAGAGCCAAGAUUGUUAACAAGCUUUACGACGGCUAA